AUACUUGAACUGCAUGAACAGCCGCGGCUACGGCGGGCUGCUUGCUACAAGUCGGGGUCGUCUUUAGCCCGCCACGCCUGUCCGUGCUUGGCCGUGCCUGCCCGCGCCUUUCACGACCCCCUUGGUCCUACGUGGUCCGGAGUCGGGUGAGCAGGCAGGCGGGCAGGCUGGCCUGGGCUGCAGCGGGCAGCUACGGCUGGAGUAUUCCUUGGCUGAGUUGGCGCAACUGGUCGGCGGGCGGGGAGUGCACGCUGCUUGGCGCCGCAGGCUGAUCCCGCCGCCCGCCCCCGGGAGCAGUGAUGUUGGGCAGCUCUGCGCCGGGGCCUGCAGCCCGCGAGGCAGGCUCGGCACUGCUAACAUUGCAGCAGACGGCGCUCCAAGAGGAUCAGGAGAACAUCAACCCGGAGAAGGCAGCGCCUACCCAGCAGCCUCGGACGCGGGCCGCGCUGGCUGUACUGAAGGCCGGUAACCCGCGGGGUCCAGCGCCGCAGCAGAGGCCCAAGACGCGACGGGUUGCACCUCUUAAGGAUCUUCCUGUAAAUGAUGAUCAUGUCACUGUUCCUCCUUGGAAAACAAAUAGUAAACAGCCUGCAUUCACCAUUCAUGUGGAUGAAGCAGAAGAAGAGACUCAAAAGAGACCAGCGGAAUCCAAAAAAACAGAACAUGAAGAUGUCCUGGCUUUUAAUUCAGCUAUUACUUUACCUGCACCACGAAAACCACUGGUACCCCUUGAUUAUCCAAUGGAUGGUAGUUUUGAAUCACCACAUACUAUGGACAUGUCAAUUGUAUUAGAAGAUGAAAAGCCACUGAGUGUUAAUGAAGUACCAGACUACCAUGAGGAUAUUCACACAUACCUUAGGGAAAUGGAGGUUAAGUGUAAACCUAAAGUGGGUUACAUGAAGAAACAGCCAGACAUCACUAACAGUAUGAGGGCUAUCCUGGUGGAUUGGUUAGUUGAAGUAGGAGAAGAAUAUAAACUACAGAAUGAGACUUUGCAUUUGGCUGUGAACUACAUUGAUAGAUUCCUUUCUUCGAUGUCUGUGUUAAGAGGAAAGCUUCAGCUUGUGGGCACUGCUGCUAUGCUGUUAGCCUCAAAGUUUGAAGAAAUAUACCCCCCAGAAGUAGCAGAGUUUGUGUACAUUACAGAUGAUACCUACACCAAGAAACAAGUUCUGAGAAUGGAGCACCUAGUUUUGAAAGUCCUUUCUUUUGACUUAGCUGCACCAACAGUGAAUCAGUUUCUUACCCAGUACUUUUUGCAUCUGCAGCCUGCAAACUGCAAAGUUGAAAGUUUAGCAAUGUUUUUAGGAGAAUUAAGCUUGAUAGAUGCUGACCCAUACCUAAAGUAUUUACCAUCAGUUAUUGCUGGAGCAGCCUUUCAUUUAGCACUCUACACAAUCACGGGACAAAGCUGGCCUGAAUCAUUAGUACAGAAGACUGGAUAUACUCUGGAAAGUCUUAAGCCUUGUCUCAUGGACCUUCACCAGACCUACCUCAAAGCACCACAGCAUGCACAACAGUCAAUAAGGGAAAAGUAUAAAAAUUCAAAGUAUCAUGGUGUUUCUCUCCUCAACCCACCAGAGACACUAAAUCUGUAACACUGAAAGACUGCCUUUGUUUUCCAAGAUGUAAAUCACUCAAAGUAUAUGGUGUACAGUUUUUAUCUUUGGUUUUAAUUUUACAAUCAUUUCUGAAUACAGACGUUAUGGCCAAGUACAAAUUAUGGUAUCUAUUACUUCUUAAAUGGUUUUAAUUUGUAUAUCUUUUGUACAUGUAUCUUAGAUAUUUGGCUAAUUUUAAGUGAUUUUCUUAAAGUAUUAAUGAUGCCAGCUGUCAAGA